GAUUUGUCUUGGAGACUCAUGCCUGUCACACACUUCGUAGCUGGCGGUAUAUUUUUCACUUCUUAAGUUCUAAACUCAAAACCUAAAAGCGGAAAGCUCUUCUUCUUAUCUGCUUUUUAUACACAACUCUUGGUUCUUGUGCCUUUGAUUUGUAUUGUAGUCAUUUACAUCAAAAUCAAAAUCAAAGCUUGUAUUGAAGUAGAGGUAAUCAAUGGGUGCUCUCGAUCAUUUCUCUCAUAUCUUCGACUGCUCUCAUGGCAGAUCCAAGCUCAAGAAACGCAAGCAAUUGCAGACGGUGGAGAUCAAGGUUCGAAUAGACUGCGAAGGAUGCGAGCGUAAGGUUAAAAGAGCAUUGGAAGGAAUGAAAGGUGUAAAACAAGUGGAUGUGGAGCGUAAAGCAAAUAAAGUCACAGUCGUUGGAUAUGUGGACCCCUCCAAGGUAGUGGCACGCGUGGCUCAUCGGACGGGUAAAAAGGCAGAGCUAUGGCCAUACGUGCCGUAUGAUGUAGUGGCCCACCCAUAUGCCCCUGGUGUGUAUGACAAGAAGGCACCAUCUGGGUACGUGCGAAGGGCAGAGGACCCACAAGUGUCGAAUCUCGCACGUGCUAGCUCCACUGAAGUUCGGUACACUACUGCUUUUAGUGAUGAGAACCCACAAGCAUGUGCUAUUAUGUAAUUAAUUUUAGAUUGUAUUAUUGGGUGUUAUUAUUUUUGGUUUUUAAUUAGGGGUUUGUAAGUUUGGUAAUUUUUGCUUUUAUGUGGGGGUAUUGUGCAAUUAUUUUAGUUUGUUUUAUAAGCUUUCUGUAUAAUCAUUAACUCUCUUUGGUAAAGGGGAAAAAGGAAUCAAAUUAUUAAGUUUGGUUUAAUA